AUGGCUGGGCUCGACGAGACUCUGAAAGGCACAGCAUCGCUGGCGGCAGUAUUCCUCUUCCUGACGACCGCGACGAUAGCUUUGCGAUUCCUCGCUCGGUACAAGCAGAAAGCCGGCGUAGGUCCCGAUGAUUAUAUGGCGUUGGCAUCAUGGAUUGGAUUUGUGGGUAUCGAGGCCUUGUUCAUCUAUGCUCAACAUCCCAUGAUGGAGCGUGUGUUCCUCUCUCUCAACAUCCUCGAGGUCUGGGCUUUCGGCACUGUGAAAUUGAGCGCUCUCUUCUUUUACAGAAGGUUGUUCUGCACCAGAGCGAAGCCGACUCAUGUUCUCAACUACAUUACCUGGACCAUGAUCGCCAUCGUCUCGGCGUGGAUUGUGACGUUUUGUAUCAUGACUUUUAAUAUCUGCGGCAAGCAUAACACGAUCGAGUGGACCGUGAUGAAGGGAGCGACGAAAGAGUGCAAGCUCAAUUAUCCUUACUUCCGCGCUGUGAGCAUCUCGGACUUCGUUCUAGAUGUGAUCAUCAUCACUCUUGCUUUCCCGAUGAUCUGGUCGCUGUCAAUGAACAGAACUCGCAAACUCGCCGUGACCGGCGUGUUUUUGCUUGCUCUUGGCGGUGUCGGAGCCAGCUGUGCACGCAUGGUCGAGUAUAACCUGUCGGUGAACGCAGGUCGAUCGGCGAACGACAAAGACGAGUACCCCCGUUCCUCGGCUACUCCGAGUGCGGCUCAAGGCCGCUAG